AUGUCCACAACAACUUUCGAGCAAACCAGUACACUUACAACUCCGCCUGUGAUUAAAACAACAACAACCACUCUUCCAUCGUCAACCAAUGUCUCUGCAUCAAAACCAUCGAACAAACCACAGGAACGAGUAGCCAUCAUCGGAGCAGGUUGGUACGGUUGUCAUUUGGGUGUACAGUUGAAGAAAUUAGGAUACCAAGUAGUCAUCUUUGAAAAGAACUCGGACAUCUUUUUGGGUGCUAGUGGUUUCAACCAAUUCCGUCUUCACAAAGGAUUGCACUAUCCUCGUUCCUAUGUGACUCGUGUGCAAUCAUUGAAAGGUUUUGAUCAUUUCAUGGAAAAGUAUUCACACUUGACCACACAAGUCGAUUAUAACUUGUACGCAAUUGCAAAGAGAAAUUCUUGGCUUGACUUUGGAACCUACAAACAAGUCAUGGAUGCCACUAAAAUUUAUAACAAACCCUUCAAUCAUGAACACUUUGGAUUGACAAAUUUGGAAGGAUCCAUGUUGUGUGAUGAGAGAGUGCUCUACCAUGCAGCUCCAAGAAAGUUCUUUAGAGAACAAUUUACUGAACAGGAACUCUUGUUGAAUACUCCUGUUAAAAAAGCAGAACAGGUCACUAUUACCAGUUUUGUGAGUCCACAAUUUGAAGAAGAUGACCAAGAGGACAAGACAGCUAGCAAUUUGAGCUCUCCUGAAUGUUCCGAUUCCUAUCUCUAUGAAUUGAAGGAAGAACAAAAUCGUUUUUCUAAAAUUAAGAUCAAUGAUCGAGACGAUUUAACCUUUGAUUGGUGUAUUUCAUGUACCUACAACACAUUCCUUGUCACUCCAUCGCUCAAUAUUUACUAUGAACCUUGCAUUUCUUUGAUUUAUAAGGAUAUUCGUUCGGACCCAUUCCCUCGUGUGGCCAUGACCAUUUGUGACGGUCAUUUCUGUUCUCUCUUCCCAUACAUUUCUGGUCCUGAAGAAGAAAAGAGAAUUGCACAAAAGUAUGCCAAUUCCGAUUUGGGAGUUUUGAAACAUCACACUAAUGGUCACAUGAAUGGUAGCACUACCGAUGGACAAUACAUUAUUCCAAAAACUAAAGGUGUUGUGUUAAAUGAUGACGAUGAUGACGCCACCGAUUCACCAACAACUCGCUCACAUAUUCACCGUCAAGCCAACGAUGAAGACGAUGUUGCAAUUUUAUAUACCUUGACCUCAGUUGGUCACACUCCACUCGGUCAAUACAAUUCUUGGAAGAAAGCUGAAGAGAGACGUUUGCAAGUUGAGAAAAAUCCAGAAACUGAAGUUGCCAAAUUGAUUCCAUUAUUUGAACAAAAUAUUUUACAAUUCUAUCCAAGCUUCAAGCAACACUUCCAAUAUCAUUCAUUCUUUACAUCCAUGAAGACUAAACCAUACGAUGCAACUGAUAGUCGUGAGUGUACAGUGGAACGUGAAGGACGUUUUAUUAGUAUUAUGAGUGGUAAGGUGAAUAGCUUGCAUGUAGCUGAGAAGGAAGUUCUCAAAAUUUUGAAUGAGAGCAAAUCUCGUCGUCGUUAA